CCGUGCUUUCGUCAAAACCCUACUUACAGUUAGCAGCUAGGGUUUGGGUUUUGUGACCAUGGCUAAGGAAGAGAAGAAGAAAUUGACGAGAAAACGUAAGCGCAGUCGAACCAAGAGAACUGAAGAAACAGUCGCCGAGCAUGAACAAGCUGCUCAAAUAUCUGAUGAUGAAGAGGAACUGGAACAAACUGAAGAAGAGAUUGAAGAGGUUGAGAAGAAAGAAGCGGAGAAGUAUGUGAAGUAUAAAAAGGAAAAGGAUGAGCGGAAAGAUGAGGACACUGAGGAAGAAGAAGAGAAGAGAGUGAAAGUGAAGAACCGGGGUGGGAGUGGGAUUAUGAGUACGACGUCGUUUGAGUCACUGGGGUUGUCUCAGCAUACUUUUAGAGCUAUUCAGGAGAUGGGUUUUCAAUUUAUGACUCAGAUUCAAGCUAGAGCAAUUCCGCCACUUAUGGUUGGCAAAGAUGUGCUUGGAGCUGCUAGGACUGGUUCAGGGAAAACUCUUGCUUUUCUAAUACCUGCAGUGGAGUUGUUGUAUCAUGCCCAGUUUGCUGCUCGGAAUGGUACAGGUGUUAUUGUCAUCUGCCCCACUAGAGAGCUUGCCAUUCAGACUCAUGCUGUGGCAAAGGAUCUUCUCAAGUACCACUCCCAGACUGUUGGUUUGGUUAUUGGUGGUUCAGCUAGAAGAGGAGAAGCAGAAAGGAUUGUAAAAGGAGUAAAUUUGUUAGUUGCAACGCCUGGUCGACUUCUUGACCAUCUUCAGAACACCAAAGGGUUCAUAUACAAGAACCUGAAGUGCUUGAUGAUUGAUGAAGCUGAUAGGAUAUUGGAAGCGAAUUUUGAGGAAGAAAUGAAACAAAUUAUGAAGCUUCUACCAAAGAAGGAUAGGCAAACUGCUUUAUUUUCAGCCACUCAAACUAAGAAGGUUGAGGAUCUUGCCCGCUUGUCAUUUCAGACAACCCCUGUUUAUAUUGAUGUUGAUGAUGGACGAAACAAGGUUACCAAUGAAGGAUUGCAACAAGGCUACUGUGUUGUGCCGAGUGCCAAAAGAUUUAUCCUUCUGUAUUCAUUUCUGAAGAGGAAUCAGUCAAAGAAAGUGAUGGUCUUCUUUUCAUCAUGUAAUUCAGUCAAAUUUCAUUCAGAACUUCUCAGAUACAUUCAGGUGGAUUGCUUUGAUAUCCAUGGAAAGCAGAAGCAACAGAAGCGAACCUCAACCUUCUUUGACUUCUGCAAAGCUGAGAAGGGCAUCUUGCUAUGUACUGAUGUUGCGGCUCGUGGACUUGAUAUUCCUGCUGUGGACUGGAUUGUGCAGUAUGAUCCUCCUGAUGAACCCAAGGAAUACAUUCAUAGGGUUGGUCGAACUGCUCGCGGAGAAGGCGCAAAAGGAAAUGCAUUGCUUUUCCUGAUUCCAGAAGAGUUACAAUUUCUUCGAUAUCUGAAGGAGGCGAAAGUCCCUGUUAAAGAAUAUGAAUUUGAUCAAAAGAAGCUGGCAAAUGUGCGGUCUCAUUUGGAGAAAUUAGUUGCCAACAACUAUUAUUUGAACAAGUCAGCUAAAGAUGCAUAUCGAUCAUACAUACUAGCGUAUAAUUCACACUCUAUGAAAGAUAUCUUUAAUGUUCACCGGCUUGAUCUGCAGGCUGUAGCUGCGUCAUUUUGCUUCUCAUCACCUCCAAAGGUUAAUCUGAACAUAGACAGCAGCGCAUCCAAGUUUAGAAAGAAAUCACGUAAAGUUGAAAGUCGCAAUGGAUUUAGUGAAAGCAAUCCAUACGGAAAGCAGGGAGGUGAAGUCGGUAAACGUCAGUUUGUAAGGUAUUAGCAGAAUUUGUGUUGGCAAACCCCACAUUGAUCUGCAGAAAUUUUGCUCUAGUUGUCUGUUCUACAAAUUACCAAUUGUCACUUGUGGCCUCACACAAAAUUAAUAUUUUUUCAUUAGAUGUGAAAUCUGUAACUUUAUGUUAAACAAAUAGACUUGAAGGAUCUUGAUGAUAUUUUAUAAUUCAACUCUAAUAUUAUCAAUGUA